AUGCCAACAAAGAUGCCCGACCACAACAAAGAUGGCGCCAUGUGCCUGCCUGCCCUGGCCAGUUCUCUGUGUUUCUCUGUCUGUGGCCGCAGGUUACAACAGGUUACAAAAAGUCUUCUAAGUAGUCUUGCUGUUGGCUCGUCGAUAAUUGAAUGUGGAGCUGCAUUAAUGGAAAACGUACAUGUGGAAGCCGAAAGUAUUAUUAAAUUUGAAGAGGUGAAAGGAGAGCCCGAUGAUGCAGAAUCUCUUCAGAAUGCUGUGUUUCAUUCUUUUGAACAGGCACAGCCAGAGUUAUCAAAGUUUCUUCAACCAGUGGAAGAUACCAGCGAGGUAAAGCAGGAAGGAGAGGAAGAACUUGAGCCGCCAGCAGCAGUAUUCAUCAAAAUGGAUGUGACAGAUGAGACCUUGGCAGAUAUAGAGGAUUCUCGUGCUACUUCUGGUGAAGACAUUUUUAGCGAUUUAUUAAAGGACAGAAGUUUAUGUUCUUCUGGAAUGGAACCCCAGCCUGGCCCUUCCAGAGCGCGAGAGAAGGAUAAAGAUCUGUUGAAUGCAUUGUUAUCGGAAGAAGAGUUUUCGGAUUCUGAAUCAGGAGGGAACCCAAGCGACGAAUGCGACUCCGGUAAUGAACAGUCAAGAGGAGAAAUGGAAAGUAAUAAAGUUUCAGCAUCCAAUUCUGAUUACAAUUUAGAUCCUGCAAGAGUGUUUCCAACACCCUUCCCGUCUUCAUGCGAGGCACAUCCUAUCAGCUGGGGGACAAUAGAGAUGGGAACACACGCCAGGAAGGAGACUUCACCAAGAAAGUUUGCAUGUGGGCGUUUUGCGCCCGCAGCAUCUCCAUCAGAAGACGAACUACGACGUUAAUCUCUCCAAUAUUAAGGUCUGUUCAGGAAGUGUGACUAAUGUACCCGACAAGCGAUCGCCCACAAACAGCAGCCCGAACAAACGCAACAUCUGCAAUGAAAGUUCAACAAACAGAAUUUUGCUUCGCCACAAUUGGGCUCUUACUGGUGAAUACGAAUGUUGCAUUUGCGAGAUCGCUGAUCCUACAUGCGGACUCUUUGUAUCUGCGGUGAAAACCCCUUUGUGUGUUUAACCUGUAAGCAAAUUUUUACCCAGAGACUGUGUUUAGUUUCACACUGGCGAGUCCAUAUGGCCGUAUGCGUGUACUGUUUGUGAAGAACGAUUGGGAUUAAAGCAGACUUUGGUGAGGCACAUGCGGACCCAUUCAGGUGAAAGCCCAUUAGAAUUGCAGGCUCAGGUUUGCACAGAAUGGUGGUUGAAAUUCAUGCGAAAUCAUUCUCCUGAGAGGUCGUUUCGCUAUACAGUUUGCUAGAAAAGCGUCAAGUUGCCAACUUAAAUGAAACACUUGCGCACCCAUGGAGAUGCGGGUCCCUUCGAUUGGUUUAAUUGCGGGAAACGUUAGCACGUUUACAUGCUAGUGUGGUUUUUUCGAACGCAGUCGUGUGGCUUGAGGAUCUUGUACAUAGAGUCCAAAAAAUUCGGUGAUUUCAGUCUUUCAUCGUCCCUGCAAAUUGAAGUUUCGCUUACUUAAAUGAAAGUGCGUUAACUUGAUGUUUUCCAUCUCCCAUUCACAUUCAGGUGUCAAGUUCGCACUGAAUUUAAUACCACACAUUACAAGUUAGUCUAAAAGUUAUUUUGCUAAAAGGUUUUUAGAAAACAAAUCCAUGAGCUGGUACUCUCUGAUGCAUACUGGCGAAGAAUUAAUCAGCUGUUAGACAGACGUGACCAACGAAGUUGGGAGAAAAAAGCAGGUGAUUUUAAAAUAAUUGAAAGAAGUUUCCAAAUUUCACCUUAUUCUAUGUCAAAAAACAAAGAAUAUAAGUUGUAAUUUCGUUUUAAAAAUUACACAUGGGAAACGACGUCCCUUUAAGUUCUAAUAUAGUUGACGGCAGGGUUCUUCCAAUAAAAACACGUCGCGUGCUUCACAUUCAGUGUUUCUGCGCGUGCAUUAAUACGGAUCUUCCCGGCGUUUUUUAAAUGUAUUUGUUUUUUUACGUUUUAUGUCAAAGUUCUGAAUCAGAUUUUAUUGCGUAGUCUGACAGAACUGGUUGAUUCCUUUUAUCUUACAAACGUUAAGGAAAGCUCGACGUCCCUAUUCAUUAGCACUUCUUAAAUCGCUUUGUCGCGUACGCUCCUUGUCUUGACCAUCACUCUAAUCGUAUCAAAGUUCUAGAGUGCUGCUGACAACUUUCUAACCCAGUUUUCAAUACAACUAGUAACCGCCUAUUUUAUUGUCGCCCAUUCUGGUGUUCCAUUCCGUGGUAUUUCGAUAAAAUAGCAGUAGAUUUUCACCAAUGUCGUGCUACAGCAGAAACAGUUUUCCAUCGGGGAUUUGCAUUUACUUAAAAUAAGUGAACCCUUAUGACAGUUUCGUAUUCAUAGACCCCACUUAUUCGAGAGUCGCACUCCAGCAAUAUUUCGCUUCAUAAUAUCUGGCAACAUUGCUUUUUUGGUUACUAGAUACAAAUCUGGAAGGCCGUGUCAAUCUUGUUUACAAUUUUGGCUGUUCUUCUAAGCGUAUGAAGAGCAUCUGGUUUGAUCGACAGACUAUCAACAGAAAUUAAAUUAUAAAUUUCGUUUCGUUGCUUCGAUCGGCGAAGUCCUGUGCGAAUAAUUACUAUUGGUAGAAUGUUUCCAAUUUUGCGAGAUUUGUAAGUAUAAUUAUGGGCGUACGAUAUUCG